UUUGAAUUCAUUUCUUUUCCAAAACAUUUGGCGUUCAUAUGUUUUUGUUGAGAGCAAACAGGGUGUUUUCUUAAACAAUGGCGUACUAGGAAAGAAGGGAUAUGCUACAUUUAUCCGCAUUGAAUGACUCAUCGGAAUGGCUCAUACAGAUUUAAGUGCUUCGCAGGCCACGAGCACGGGUUCCGAUCAAGAUCUUGGAACAUCAUCAGAGAGUGUAUCAAAGCAGGUCCUGUCCAGUAUCUAUCCGUCACAUGGAAUACACCCGAGAAAUGCUACUUCAAUGGCCUUGGAGCAAUACCGACUGCAGCUCUACAACUAUGCCUUGAAUAUCGAACGCUUUAGGUGUCCCCAGUACGUGACCGGAGGAACUAAUGGUGUGAGUGCUUCAUGGGUACACCUGACCCCCUACGGGCAUAGCUCCAAUGCCGGAUCUGGUCCGAGUUCUGCUAAUAGCCCAGCAAUCAAUAGAAUGUCCGCAUUAUCGACAACUUUCUCGCUUUUUCCACAAACCCAACAUCGUAUUUUUCAACCGGAAGAACCCAAGCCCCAGCAUAGUUAUAUAGGACUGAUAGCCAUGGCUAUUUUAAGUUCAACCGACAUAAAGCUGGUCUUGUCCGACAUAUAUCAAUAUAUUCUGGACAAUUAUCCAUAUUUUCGAAGUCGUGGUCCUGGCUGGCGCAACUCCAUUCGCCAUAAUCUCUCACUCAAUGAUUGCUUCAUAAAAUCGGGGAGGAGUGCCAAUGGGAAGGGACAUUAUUGGGCUAUACAUCCUGCUAAUAUGGAUGAUUUCCGUAAGGGUGAUUUUCGGCGUCGCAAGGCCCAGCGUAAGGUGAGAAAGCAUAUGGGCUUAUCAGUGGAUGAUGCUAGUACGGGGUCACCAAGUCCACCGCCGUUGGAUCUCACCACACCGCCGCCUUCCUCUGGCAGCUCCACCUUGGGACUGGGCUAUGCUCCAUACCAUCAUCAUCAGCAGUAUAUAGGACAGUUCUUCAAUAGAAAUUCGGCGGUGGUACCAACUGUUGCUCCCACAUAUCACUCGGAUCCCUCCCUGCGACAACAGUCGUUCCUUAACCUCCAAGAUCCAUCGAUUCCCGUGACUCCCCAACAUCAACAUAUUGCAUUUAUCAACUCCACAACGACGACAACAAUAGCCAAUAUGUUUUCCCAAACCCGAAAGCGUCAGUUCGAUGUGGCCUCCCUAUUAGCACCCGAUAUAGUUUCCUCUGAAGAUCAGGAACAGUUGGAGGAGUCCGAGCAUCAUCAUACAGUGAUUACAAAACAGACGAUACAUCGCGAAGUGGUUGUGGGCUUGGAACAGCAAACUGUUAACACCGACACCACCGACAUUGAUCCCGAUGUGGAUGUCGAAGUGGUUGACGAAGGAAUCGAUCACGAUACGGAUCUGGAUCAGGAGCCGUUUCUAGAGCAGAAGAAAAAAAGAGAGUCAGCCAUGAAGGAAAUGUUUUCCGAUAAUAUAACAUACCUCAGUGAUGAUCCCGAUCAUGAUCAAGAUCCAGAACACAACUAUUCAGCCAGGUCGUUGGGCGAUAGCGGUAGCAGCCAACAUGAGGAGUCGAGUUCUUUGGAAGAAUGUCCCGUCAUAGACCCCGUGCUACCAAACCCCGCCGCCUACAUAGAACUUAACCAGGUCGAUCCUCAUAUACUAAGUCGAUAUUAUGGUACAUAUAUGGCCGCAGCAGCGCGACGUGCCAGUCUAGAGGCAUCCAAGGCGGUAAGGCCUCCAGCCAAACUUGAAAUAGUCUCACAGAAGUAAAAAAAAUAAAAACUAAACAAACAUAUAAUGCUGAUCUCCCAAAUAAUAGAGGAAAAGCCCCUGUAAGCGGUCUUAAAUUUUGUAACUAAAGAAAAACGCAAGAAAUUAAACUCUAUUGAUUCCGUAAGAAACUGGCCUGUACAAGGCUAAUUCGAAAUCGAUCGUAUUCCAUCAAGCACAAAUGUUGUGAAUAUGUAUUUAAAAGAAGCAUAAGGAUAUAUUUUGAAUUGGAACUUCUUCUAAUUCUA